UCCAAGCACACCGACUGUUUUCAGCCGGUAAUACGCUGUUCGCGCAUUGUUGAACAAAAAAAUAUUUCAGGUAGCGAAGAAAAAUCUAUCAACCAAUGCCGUCAUUGUCAUAUUGCCUGUUUGGUUUAUACCUGUAAUGUUAUUAAAAAGGAUGCCUUCUUCGACAAUUACUUCAGUCUCCGAUUGAUCUUCGUUAAACCAAGUUUUAAGCCCAUAUACUGUGCUCCGAAUGCAAACCAAAAGAGGACCAUAGCGGACUCAGCCCUGACAGAUGACUUAAAAUGGCUCUUUAAGGGAAUCGGAAACUUCGCUAGCACUAUGGAACGCAUGCUGCCAGAUGUUAAAGUUGAUGCCAAGAACAGGACUUUUACCGAGAAUACCAGGCUAUCAUUACUAAUGGGAAUGCGCCACGUGCUAGUGGGUGUACGUGAGAUAUCCACAACGUUCGAGCAAAGCCUAAAGACUGACCACAUCAAACAGUUGCAACAGUUUAAAAAUGCCACUAAUUUCGUGAAUGACAUUAUCAACACUUUGAAAAUGUGGAUAUACCAGAUACGAACCUUAGCGGUUCAUGUAUAUACGCUCUACAAUCAGUACAUCCCUGAGGUUCUCUUUGGCAAGUGUUUAGGAAAUUAUCUAAUGUCCAAAUACCCAGAUCGUUCAUUUUAUGAAUAUCCUUUUGUAUUAUUGGUCGAGAUGUACGAGACAAUCUUAAACGUCAACGAAUCUCAUUUGACUACAACCGAAGAAACUGAUAUAGAAUUAACAUUGGACGAUGAUGAUUUGAAUAUGGCGCAAAAUGAAAUUUCACAUAGCGAUGAUGCAGAUGGCUAUGUCAGCGGUUGGUCCUCUAAUUCGCUGGAGGAUUUCAAUGCAUCCACAAAACUUUCCCAUUCGUCCUCUAAAGAAAAGAUGAUUGAAAACGUUGCCGAGAAGAAAUCCUGGCAGAUUUGUCUUAAAUUAUACACGGCAGAGAGUAUAUCACGCUCUCUAAAAAAUUAUUUUUUGAGUUAA